GGAGCGCUCGUACGCCGGCGAACUCCCUCUCAGUCCUUCCUGUCUGCCCGUGGUGACAAGUACAGCCGUUUCCGACGGCUUCUGUCUCAACAACCCCCCUCCCCUCCUCUCUCUCUCCCUCCUCCCUCGCUUCUCUUCCACCCCUCCUCCCCUCUUUCUCUGUCUCCGCUGCUUCAAUUCAACACCAAUUUCUCCCUCUCUGUCGGUCUGGUCUCGCCUCCCCUCCCCACCUCCCUCUCACUAACCAACAGAUGCCCCGGUCAGUAAUGGAGGAUUUCCUACCCGACAUGUAAAAAGCCAGCCUUGUCUUCGCCGCCGGCGACGGACCUUGCCCUCCGAUUGACAAGGGGGGGAAUAAAGGGACAACAGAACACAGCAAACAGCGAAACAACGGCGGCCAAAUAAAAACGGGUCUGCAGAAGGACGAGGAAAAUCCGGCCUAUGCACCGUGUGUGACGCCAAAAUGUCGACCAGAACGCCAUUGCCUACCGUAAAUGAGCGCGACACAGAAAAUCACACUUCUCUUGAUGGAUAUGCUGAAUCACAAAGCCAGCCCUCCAAAUCAAGUAGCAGACAAAGUCUACCACGGUGCAGGAAUUCAGUGGCAUCUACAACCGACGAGCAACCCCACAUUGGAAAUUACAGGCUGCUGAAGACUAUCGGCAAGGGAAACUUUGCAAAAGUAAAAUUAGCACGACACGUUCUAACUGGAAGGGAAGUUGCUGUUAAAAUAAUUGACAAAACACAGCUUAAUCCCACCAGUCUACAAAAGCUGCCGGGUUCACCGUGCCCAGGACUUCCCACGGUAGACUCAAGAAUCACGAAGCUCUUUCGGGAAGUAAGGAUUAUGAAAAUUUUGAAUCAUCCCAAUAUAGUGAAAUUAUUUGAAGUAAUUGAAACUGAGAAGACACUGUAUUUAAUCAUGGAGUAUGCAAGUGGGGGAGAAGUUUUUGAUUACUUAGUUGCACAUGGAAGAAUGAAAGAAAAAGAAGCAAGGGCAAAGUUUAGACAGAUUGUUUCCUCAGUAGAAUACUGUCAUCAGAAGUGUAUUGUACAUAGAGAUCUUAAGGCAGAAAAUUUGCUUCUCGAUGCAGACAUGAAUAUAAAAAUAGCAGAUUUUGGCUUUAGCAAUGAAUUUACAAUUGGUAGCAAAUUAGACACAUUUUGUGGAAGUCCACCCUAUGCAGCGCCAGAACUUUUCCAAGGAAAGAAGUACGAUGGCCCAGAAGUGGAUGUCUGGAGUCUCGGCGUCAUCCUUUACACGUUAGUUAGUGGAUCUUUACCUUUUGAUGGCCAGAAUUUAAAGGAAUUAAGGGAAAGGGUGCUGCGAGGAAAAUACCGUAUUCCUUUUUAUAUGUCAACCGACUGUGAAAACCUGCUCAAAAAACUUCUGGUAUUAAAUCCUGCCAAACGGGGCAGUUUGGAACAAAUUAUGAAGGAUCGAUGGAUGAAUGUUGGUUUUGAGGAGGAGGAAUUGAAACCAUACGGUGAACCAGAACCUGACUAUAGUGAUUCCAAUAGAAUAGAAACUAUGAUUACGAUGGGCUUCCCAAGAGAUGAAAUUACUCAGUCCCUUGUGGGACAGAAGUAUGAUGAAGUCAUGGCCUGUUAUCUAUUAUUAGGCAGGAAACCUCCAGAGUUUGAAGGCAGCGAAUCUGUAUCCAGUAGUAACCUGUGUCAAAGGUCGCGACCCAAUAGCGAUCUCAACAACAGCUCCACGCAGUCCCCUGCACAUUCGAAGGUCCAGCGCAGUACAUCAGCGAAUCAGAAACAACGACGGUUUAGUGAUCAUGCUGGUCCAUCAAUCUCAUCUGCUGUGUCAUACACCAAACGACCUCAAGCAAACAGCGUAGAAAGUGACCAGAAGGAAGAGUGGGACAAAGACAUUGCUCGCAAAUUAAGUAGCACCACUGUAGGUUCCAAGGGGGAUGUCCCUGCCAGCCCACUUUCAGGUCUAGAAAGGAAGAAAUCCUCAACAGGGCCCAAUAACAACAUGGUUCCUGGUAUGACGAGAAGAAACACUUAUGUAUGUGAACGAUCCACUGGAGAUCGAUAUUCUGCUGUGCAGAAUGGAAAAGACAGCAGUACUUCCACAUCCAUCGCAAGUCCUGCAGGAUCUUCUGGGCUACCUUCAGCACGGCCUCGACACCAGAAAUCAAUGUCAGCUUCUGGUCAUCCAAUUAAGGUCACUUUGCCUUCCAUAGAAGAUGGGAGUGAAGGUUAUCGGCCCAGCUCUGGAGCCCAAAGGGUACCUGCUGCGUCCCCGUCUGCACAUAGUAUUAGCACUACAACUCCCGAUCGAACACGCUUCCCUCGAGGUAGCUCUAGCCGAAGCACUUUUCACGGUGGCCAGUUACGGGAACGGCACACUGCAACGUACAAUGGACCACCAGCUUCACCAACACUGUCACAUGACACUGGUGCCCUGUCUCAAGCUCGAAGAGGAACUUCAACCGGUAUAAUAAGCAAGAUCACAUCCAAAUUUGCCCGCAGGGGCCCAAGUGAAGGCGAAGGUGGUGGCAGAGCAGACACUGCAAGGAGUAUGUCAGGAGAAUCAAAAGACAAAGAAAGGGAUGACAUUAAAGAUGCAAAACCAAGGUCCUUGAGGUUCACGUGGAGCAUGAAGACCACUAGUUCGAUGGAUCCCAAUGAUAUGAUGCGUGAGAUCCGAAAGGUGCUGGAUGCUAAUAACUGUGACUAUGAGCAACGAGAAAGAUUCCUUUUGUUCUGUGUUCAUGGCGAUGCGCGACAGGACAACUUAGUUCAAUGGGAAAUGGAAGUCUGCAAGUUGCCACGUUUGUCUCUAAAUGGUGUUCGUUUUAAGCGAAUAUCAGGAACAUCUAUAGCAUUCAAGAACAUUGCAUCCAAAAUUGCGAAUGAGCUGAAGUUGUGAAGAAAAACUGUAAUUAUGAGAUCAGGGAAGUUUCUGGUAUGAUAUACAGUUCACUCCUGAAUGUACUGGUAUUAUUGCUAAUGUGCGUGAGUUUGGCCACCGAUCCCACUUCCUCUCUCAUACCAAUAAACGGUUAGAAAUUACCGUCGCAAUAAGGUUAUAUAUAUUGUGAUUAUAAAUUGUAAAACCUGGAUCCGUAUGGCUUAUUGUGAAUUAGCUUUAAUGAAUUGUGAUCUUAUUUCCACAUGUACAGGUAAGUAUAUUGAGCAUUGUCACAGCUUAUGUUCAUAUAGUUGUACAAUAAAGAAUAAUACCUAACACCUACAGGUAUUGUAUAGUUGUGUCCUGAUUUAUGUACAGAAAUGCUCAUUUUAAUGUUCCAUGUGUUUUUUGAGCUUGAAGUUCUUUAGCACUAACUACAUUUUUGAGUGUUAGAUAAAUAAAGAUUUUUGACUUCAUGUUAAUGAAAGUUAAUCUCUCCCUCCUACCGUGACCCAAAACAGAAGUCAUUACGAUCUUUUAAAUUUGUGACAUGGAAGCCCAAUCUGUCUCUCCACGUUAUACUAUUGUCAUUAAUAGCACAAAAUAGCUUUUGGGAAAGUUGUCUCAGGAAUUAUCAAUCAUCUUUGAGGAUGAUAGUCCUCUUCCUUUCUUUUUGUGCUGUAUGGGACUACAAAUACCCACCAUUCACAUUUUAAAAUUUGUGUAUAAAAUAGUAAAGCUUACACAUUAAAUGGUAUGAUUUCCUGACCCUCUUGUAAUCUCAUGUACUGAAUAGUUUACCAGAUCUCCUGUAUUUAUUCCAGGACAGUAUACCUGUAAUGUGCAUUGUAAUUAUUAGGCCUUUGCCAAUUAAAGGAUUUUUUUUCCUUUAUAACUAGUGAUGUACAAUGUAAAACCACUAGUACUGGUACAUUUAAUACAUGUUUUGUACCAAAUUAACCAUGUAGGUUAAUUGUGCAAUUGUAUUUUAUGUUGUAAUUAUUGUAAUAUUAGCAUUUGACCCCGUCUGCACUCUUGUGACAAUUUGGAAAAGUAAUCAAGCUCUGUCAAUAUACAUGUUGUGAUCAGAUUGGCACUGAUUAUCAGAAGGUAAUCUAAAUCUUUGUAUGGUUGCAUAAAAAUGCAAGAACAUUAGGUUGAAGCUUUGGAUUGUAAAUACUCUGUAAUGUAGCUUUCCUGUGGCGGUUGUGUUUCAGAAUGACAUUGAUCUUGCUGCCUUAGAAGAUGCUUGGACAGUUGUACUUGCCCCUCCCCUUUAUGUUUAUUGAGAGGAGUUCAGUGCAAGGUACAUGGGUACGUUUUCAAUGGUGCACAAUAUUAAAACAAAUUUGAAAUGACUUGAA